CUCAGGCAUAGAAACUAGAAUCUGAUUAAAUACAGAGUGCCAAAACGAGAAACUCGAGUAUAGAACAAACUGAACCAGUCCACUAUCGACGACCUGGGGCAAGAACAAGCAGCCUCAAGACACGAGCUAGUUUUGUUACCGCAUACAACCCCUCCCUACGCUUCAUGCUCAAACAUCGCCCUAUCGAAGAGAUAUCGCAGCCACCAUAGCCACAGUUGGAACUUUCCUUCUCUUGAUCACUACUCAUAUAAGCGUUCGCGACCUAACCCAUCAAGCUCCGCUUCACAACUCUUUCAUAACGCACUGUCAUCCACACACGAGCCCCUGCCAGAGAACCCACUUCACGAUGAUCCGAGGCUAUGUUUGAACCAAAGUUCACAUGCUACCGAGAAAUAAAUACAGCUACUGAUUACGGAGAAGCAAAACUCGAUCCUCCCUCGACAUCCCUCCCUCAGAUCAACAAAACUCCGUCGUGUAUUAGUGGGGCGGCAGAAUCAGAAAAACACUGGCAAAGAAGUGAGCAAGAGCAACCUGCUCUCCCUGAAUGGUUUCGGCAGAAGCAACCGGAAAAGAAUUGCCACCGCCCUCUCUCUUCGCUGGUACCUCAACCACCCUCCUUAUCCUGGUCUUCUUCAUACCUGCAAAGCGCUAGAUAUCUUGCGAUAUUAAAAGCUGAUAGUGAGACUGAACCCAAUGACCAAAGCCAAGAGGGAGGGCAACCUGGCACGAGAAAGAGAUAUGCUGGGCCUCAGUACAUCGGCAGCGGCGAACGUGGUGCUGUCGGUCGCGAUGCACUUGCUGCACAGGAAGACGUAGGGCCAGGUCUUGCCAUCCGAGUAGGUUCCUGCUGCGAUGGGGGUUUGCGUGAAGAUACCGGUUAUCUCGGGAGGUGGGCCGUAUUUGCUGGGUUUGUUAGCCUUUUGAUCUCAAAUCUUGAGCCUUCAAACUCCAGCUUUUCUUGUUGUUGCCCCCCCCCCUCUCUCCCAAAGGAGAGGAAGGGUGGUGAGCUUCAUCGCUUAGAGACAAACAAGACUUUUUGACUCUUGUUUAAGGGAGGAGCCAAGAUCCUUAAGUCUAGGAUCUAAGAAAAGAAACGGUCAUCCUUGGGGGUUCACUGGAGGGGGAUAGUUGUACAUAUGUCCCCUCCAACCCCGAAAAACUCGAAGAUAGCCGUGAAUCCACCCCUGUCGCUAAGGCUAAGGUUCAGGUUAUCUACCUCCCAUCUCCUGGAUGGCGAAAUCCAUGUUCCAUGCGGAGGAUUUGAGGUGGGUGUUAUUCGGCAAAAU